AUGGCAAACUUCUUCGGCCCAGUUCCACCAGCCAUUCCAUUUUCUUCAAGGCCGCAGAUCAAUGCUCCUCGAAGACCUUCUCAGCCAUCACUGGAUGCAAGCUUAGCAAGUCUCACAAGGAAGAAUGCGGUAUACUAUCCAAAUUACCGAGUCUAUCGUGGGGAGACGCCAGCGACCUUGAAUUAUAACUGCAUCAGCCAUGUCUUCUACGCCUUCGCUCAUGUUUCCGCCGAUGGUGGGAUAUUCCUGAGCGAUGAAUGGGCUGAUGCGCAGAUGCCAGUCGACGGAGCUACCGGAUGCUUAGGAUCUUUCAUGAGGUUGAAGGAACAGCAUGGCUAUCUUAAGUUGAUCUUGUCCGUCGGCGGUGGAGCUGCAAGCCAGAACUUUGCCGCUGUAGCUUCUAGUGCUGCAACGAGGGAUAAUUUUGGAAGAUCUGCACGAGGACUGAUCGACGCGUCUGGAUUUGAUGGAAUUGAUCUUGACUGGGAACAUCCAUCUGAUCCACAGCAAGGAGCGAACUUCCUCGCUUUGCUUGCCGCCAUUCGUCUUCACCUCCCCGAUGACCGUUACCUCCUGACAGCAGCUUUGCCAGCUGGACAGUGGGCAUUGCAAAACAUCGAUCUUUACAAAGCACAGGACUACCUUGAUCUGAUCAAUAUCAUGGCCUACGACUUCGCAGGUUCAUGGUCAACCACAGCUGGCCAUCACGCUCAACUCUAUCCUGGAAAUCCUGGAGAGCCAUCAGGAUCUGCGGCAGUAGAUUAUAUCAUUUCAACCGGCUUUCCAGCAAAUAAGAUUCUUCUGGGCGUGCCGGUAUAUGGUAGAUCAUUCCUCGGAGCAAGUGGUCCUGGCCAUGCGUACAAUGGUUGUGGUGGAGAAGAAGGAACGUUUGAGUACAAACAGCUGCCAAGAAACAAUGCUGAGGAAAUUGUCAACACACGCGUCGUGGCGGCGUUCUCCACUGGAGGUGAUGGGGGUUUCGUUUCGUACGACAACCCAGAGACAGUGAAGAUAAAAGCGAACUUCUGCUUGGACAAGGGCCUUGGGGGGUUAUUUUACUGGACAGGCACUGCAGAUACUCCUCCAGGACCUCGAAGCUUGAUAGCAGCAGGAUUCAAAGCCCUACACGGUGGUUAG